AUGGCGGCCUCCAUGGGUCCCUGGCUUCUCUUCCUGACGCUGCUCAGCUUCCUCGGGGAGUGCCUGGGGAACGUGGUGAGCGACGGGCGGCUGGUGAACGACGCCGGGGGGCUGCAGAACGCGCAGUUCGGGAUCCGCCGCGACGGGACCCUGGUCACCGGGUACCUGUCUGAAGAGGAGGUGCUGGACACUGAGAACCCAUUUGUGCAGCUGCUGAGUGGGGUCGUGUGGCUGAUUCGAAAUGGAAGCAUCUACAUCAAUGAGAGCCAGGCGGCUGAGUGCGAUGAGACACAGGAGACAGGUCCCUUCAGCAAAUUUGUGAAUGUGAUAUCGGCGAGGACGGCUGUGGGCCAUGACCGGAAGGGGCAGCUGGUGCUCUUCCAUGCAGAUGGGCAGACGGAGCAGCGGGGCAUCAACCUGUGGGAGAUGGCGGAGUUCCUGCUGAAACAGGAUGUGGUCAAUGCCAUCAACCUGGAUGGAGGGGGCUCUGCAACCUUCGUGCUCAAUGGGACCUUGGCCAGUUACCCGUCAGAUCACUGCCAGGACAACAUGUGGCGCUGUCCCCGAAGUGUGUCCACUGUGGUGUGCGUGCACAAGCCCCACUGCCAGCCACCUGAUUGCAACGGCCAUGGGACCUGUGUGGAGGGGCACUGCCAGUGCACAGGGUACUUCUGGCGGGGUGCGGCCUGCGACGAGCUGGACUGUGGCCCCUCCAACUGCAGCCAGCAUGGCCUCUGCACAGAGACUGGCUGCCGCUGCGAAGCUGGAUGGACAGGGUCCAACUGCAGUGAAGCUUGCAGCAGUGGCUCCUUUGGGGAGGACUGUGCCAAAACAUGCCAAUGCCAGAAUGGAGCUACCUGUGACCCAGUUCAGGGGACCUGCACCUGUCCCCCUGGCUUCACUGGAGACAGCUGUGUUCAGGAGUGUCCCCUCGGCUGGCAUGGGCCAGGCUGCCAGAAGCCUUGUGAGUGUGAGCACCAGUGUCCCUGUGACCCCCAGACUGGCAGCUGCAACCUCACCCAGGCAUCCACCCUGAGCAGCAUUUUCUCCCAAGUGAAGCAGUGUCUCCAGCCAUCCCAGGUCAUCCUGCAGACAAGAGAAUUCUCCCUUCUCACUGGGACCACCUGGCUGGCCCUCACCCUGGCCUUGGUUUUCCUUCUGUUGAUCAGCAUGGUGGCAAACGUGUCCUUGCUCCUCAGUUCCAGAGCCAGGUGGAGCCGGCACCUGGAUGGGUCUUAUGUGUACCACCCCCUGCAGGAGAUGAACGGGGAGCUCUCAGUGGCCGAGAAGGAGCAGCCAGGUGAUGCUGGCAGCUCCUUCAAGGACUGAAACCUCCAGCUGCCCACCGUGGCCUGUUUUGGAGACUUUAUUUUGUCAGGUUCUGGCUUCUGCAGGGGAAAGUCCAAGGCCACUGACUCUGGGUGUCUCAGCCCCAGCACCAAGCCAAGCUUCCGACAGCACCUGUGCCUCAGCCCCUCACCUGGCCCUCGGCCGUCACCUGGAUGUCUGCUGUGACUCAAGCAGCCUGAGCAAUACAGUGUUCUCGAAGAGAGACUGCCUUCUCCCCACCUGCCUGUGUCUGCUGCCCGUGGGGCCCGUCCCCCAGGGGCCUCUGCCAAAGAGCCUCUGGCCUCCUGGGGCAGGGGCCACUAGCGAAUGGAACUCACGUGACCACAUCGUGACCAAGUGGCAGGGUCCAGCCAGCCCCAUCGGACUGGGGCAGAUUAAAGAGACAAUGGCCACGUCACGGGACCCUUUUCUAUAGACCUCAUCACUGCAUUUGCCAACUAGAAUUCAAUUUCCUAUCAGGAAACUCCUUGGAAGGGACAGGGGAUAAAAUCAUGUUUACAAGCUUUCUAUUUUGUCUCUUGCCACCGAGAGGGUUUUUAUAAUACUUGAAUAAAUUGAUAUAAUUAAAGGA